AUGCCAGAAAUAAUAAAGAAAGAAAGUAAAAAAAAAAGAAGAAAAGCGAGUGCUAAAUAUCUUUAUGAUUAUUAUGGAAAUUUAUCAGAAGUGGCUGCUGUUGAGUCAACUUCAUUGCCCCAGCUCAAUCACAUACAAAAACCAAAAGAAAUAAUUCGAUCGAAGACGAUGGAAGAGAAAUUUUAA